AGACUCUUGUGGCACGCGCUGCCUUCGUGUGCCUAACUUUUUGUGAAUUUGUAAAUUGUUUUUCAAUUUCUUGGGUGUUACUUGGCAUUUUCCUGUCUUGAGCUACUAUGGUUAUUUUCUUGUAGGUUUUGUGAGUUGUAGGGUUCUUUUCCUGUUUCUGUUUCGUUCAGUUCAGGUGUGUUUUUUUCGCUCGAUUUAUCUCAUACACCUAUCUGUGGUGUGGCGCGAAACGGUGUUGCAGAACUUAUCUUCGGCAGUGGAAAUCGCAAACUAAACCGUAAUGACAGACCACGGACGAGCAGCGAAGAUGCCAAAUCUGGAUCUGGCCAAUUCUCAAGGUCAGGGAGAGCCAUCAUCCCGUGAGCGCACGGAACGCGGGGAUCCCGAUAUGAAGGGCUACUUGUACAAAUGGACUAAUUAUCUGAAGGGCUACCAGAAGCGAUACUUUGUCCUCUCCAAGAAUGUCCUCACGUACUAUCGGUCUCCCUCGGAUGUGCCGGAUCAUCCGCGAGGUUCCAUCCGGCUGAGAGGAGCCAAUGUGACCACUGACGACACGUGCAAUUUUGCUAUUCAGAAGUUGGGCGAUCAGACAUUUCAUUUGAAGGCCAAUUCGGAGGUGGAACGUCAGCGAUGGAUUACCGCGGUUGAACUGGCCAAAACGCGGGCAAACAAGGCUGGAGUGGACGAUUCAUCUGGAAACGAACCGGACGAAGAUGAUGAAGAAGAGGACGUUUCGAAGAGCGAUCUUCAGGCGGUAAUCCGGAAUCUGAGUUCGAAAAUCGACGAGCUCAACGCGUGCCACGAACAGAUCAGCAAGCAAGGUCGCGCACUGCAGGGAUUGAUUGUGGAAUUGGAGAAUUUAUCAAUUCCGCCGGACGCCAGUGCCAAGGCUAAGGCGGUUGUCGAACGGGCCACAUUGUUCCGGCUAACCAGCACAGCCCUGUUGAACGCUUCCAAAGAGUUCCUGACUAUGGCGCAGAGUGAAGGGAAGAAAUGGCAGAAGAUGCUGGGUCAUGAACACGACCAGCGCGUCCGGCUGGCUGAGAUGGUAGAGCAGCUGGCCAAGCAGCACAGCAGUCUGGAGGAGGCCGCUAAGGCUGAGGCGGCCAAAUCAUCCACCAUGAAAGGCAGCCAGCCCGGUGGGAGCAGUGCCAAUUCGGGUAAACCGAUUGCCACAGGUCCAUCCGACGAGGACGAAUUCUUUGAUGCGCAGGAUAAUUUUCCUGAAGAGUUUGUCGUCUCUGUGUCCAUUCCUCACUCAGAAGGGGCUUCCGUUAAAACACACAAGCGCACGGACAGUAGUAUGAGUUUGGGCAGUGAAAACCUUAACAGCAUGUCUAACGAAAUGGAUUCUGAUGAGGAUGCCGAUGAUGUUCCAUCCAAAUCACAGCGGCAGGAGCGGCAGAUCAGUGUGGUUACACGCAAAGCACUGGGUGCAAGCAGCAGUAAUGCACUCAAUAAGCGUCCACCAGUCCAGACUCAGAGCAUUCACGAAGAAGAGUUGCGCAAUGUACCGGCCAUAUUCACAAGCGAUCGGAAAGCGCGAGGCAAGCCGCGGCGCAGCAAAAUUCCUAAUCGUCCAAAUGCGACUUUGAGCUUGUGGAGUAUUAUGAAGAACUGUAUUGGACGAGACUUAAGCAAAAUCCCCAUGCCCGUAAAUUUUAGCGAACCAUUAUCUAUGCUGCAACGUUUAACGGAAGAUUUUGAGUAUUCUGACAUUUUGGACCGUGCUGCCGCCUGUGAUGACAAUUGCGAACAGAUGGCCUAUGUGGCAGCCUUCACGGUCUCAUCAUAUGCGACCACGGCUGUCCGCACUAACAAACCAUUUAACCCGCUGCUCGGUGAGACCUACGAGUGUGAUCGACGUGAUGAUUUUGGCUGGCGGGCCAUUGCAGAACAGGUCAGUCAUCAUCCGCCGAUGGUGGCACAGCAUGUGGAGUCCCGCGACUGGGUCUGCUGGCAGGAGUUCACAGCAUCGACCAAAUUCCGUGGGAAGUAUCUGCAGGUGGUACCUCUUGGUAUUACGCAUCUAGUCUUUCGGAAGUCGGAUAAUCAUUACACAUGGCGGAAGGUGACGACAACUGUGAAUAACAUCAUCGUGGGCAAAUUAUGGAUUGAUCAGGCGGGAGACAUGGAAAUCAAAAAUCACAAGACGGGCGAUAUUUGCAUGCUGAAAUACUCAGCCUAUAGCUAUUUUUCCCGUGACAUACCACGCAAGGUCACGGGCGCUGUGACGGACUCUGUGGGGAAAGUGAAGUUCGUGGUCAAUGGGACAUGGGACGAUCACAUUGCCGUUGCUAAGGUCAUCGGAGAACAGAGCAGUCCUAAAGAUCAAGGGGUGAUUGAGACGGAUCCCCCGAUGAAUCUUUGGAAGAAAAACCAGCUUUUGCCAAAUAGUGAUAAAAUGUACAAUUUUGGAAAAUUUGCCAUUGAACUAAACGAGCCGGAUGAUGAUGUGGCUCCUACGGACAGCCGGAAUCGUCCCGAUCAGCGCCUGAUGGAAGUGGGCAGCUGGGAUGAAGCCAACAAGGUCAAAACGCGUCUCGAGGAGAAGCAGCGGGCUGUGCGACGGUUAAAGGAGUCAGCGUCGGAUAGUCCUCUUCCAGAAGAAUUAGUGGGCAAAAAGCCGUACUCGGAACCGGUGUGGUUUACGCGGAAGAAAGAUCCGCUGACGGGCAAUCCCAUCUGGGCCACCAAUGGACGCUACUGGGAUGCCAAGGCCAAGCGGGAUUGGUCAGCGUGUCCGGAUAUAUUCUAAAAUAUGUGGCUGUUUCAGUGGUUUGACCUGCUGCAAAAAGUAUGGCCUGAAGCGUCGUUCUGGGACAGUUUUGACCGAUAAUUGCCUUCUCACGUGCAUAUUUACAUGUUCAUCUGGAUUUGCUGGACACGAAAGAAAAGAUUCUAGUUUUAAAUUCGCUGGUCGUUUACUUUAUCAUAAUGUGGCUAGAAUCUGUGCGGACUGAAGUGUUGAUUUUCGGAGUUAUUUCGUUUCUUUUUUGCCCAGUGCUGCUGCUGAUGAUGUUGCUUUUUGUCGUUGGGUUUUUGGCGGUUGGUGGUAGUUUUUGGGGAUUUGUUGUUUUUCUUUUCUAAGUAGAUUGGGUAGAUACUAGAUAGAAGAUGUUUCAGUGUUUUCCCUUUUUGUGUUUUCGUUCAUACUCCUUUUGUCCGGUUCAGAAUUAUUAUUAACAGUUUUUGUUGGAAGUUUA